AUGGCGUCUACACUUCUGAAGCGAGCAAGCUACUCUGCAAUGAAAUCAGUGGCCGGAGGUUUCCAAAUGGGAGCUCAAUCAAGAGCCUACGCGGCGGUUGCAGCCGGAACCGACAUAGUCUCGGCCGCACCUAAUGUUUCCCUCCAGAAAGCUCGGACCUGGGACGAAGGCGUCUCCUCGAAUUUCGCCACCACUCCUCUCAAAGACAUCUUCAAGGACAAGAAAGUCGUCAUCUUUGGCCUCCCUGGUGCCUUCACGGGCGUUUGUUCUCAGCAGCAUGUGCCUAGUUACAAGAAGCAAAUUGAUAAGUUUAAGGCUAAAGGGAUUGAUUCUGUGAUUUGCGUAGCUGUUAAUGAUCCAUAUGUUAUGAAUGGCUGGGCAAACAAAAUUGAAGCCAUAGAUGCUAUUGAGUUCUAUGGGGACUUUGAUGGGAGCUUCCACAAAAGCUUGGAAUUGGAUAAAGAUCUCUCUGGUGCUUUGCUUGGACCUCGCUCUCAAAGAUGGUCGGCAUAUGUGGUUGACGGGAAGGUUAAAGUUCUAAAUGUGGAGGAAGUCCCAUCAGACUUCAAGGUUUCUGGAGGGGAUGUUAUUUUGGGACAGAUCUAG